CCCUCUCGCGCAUGCGCCGUGCAGUUCCACCAAGAGGAGGAAGCGGAGUUUCCGGCUGCCGAGAACCGGAGAUAAACGACACCGGCCUCGGGAGGGAAACCGCUCCUCGCUUCGGUAGUUUUAUCCCAGCGAAACAGGGGGCUUGGGGUGUAGUGUUUUUUUUUUUUUUUUUUGAAGGGACAAGGACCCACACAAGCCGUUCACAAGGCGGGGGUGAGCCACUUAUCCACCGGCAUGGCCAGGGACUACGACUACCUCUUCAAGCUGCUCAUCAUCGGUGACAGCGGAGUGGGGAAGAGCAGUCUCCUGCUUCGAUUUGCAGACAACACGUUUUCAGGUAGUUAUAUCACCACAAUCGGUGUGGACUUCAAGAUCCGGACGGUGGAGAUCAACGGGGAGAAGGUGAAGUUACAGAUCUGGGAUACAGCCGGACAGGAGCGCUUUCGCACAAUCACAUCCACGUACUACAGAGGCACACACGGGGUCAUAGUAGUGUACGACGUCACAAGCGCCGAGUCCUUUGUCAACGUCAAACGAUGGUUACAUGAAAUCAACCAGAAUUGCGAUGAUGUCUGCCGAAUAUUAGUGGGAAACAAAAACGAUGACCCCAACUCCAAGGUGGUCGAGACAACUGAUGCACAGAAGUUUGCUGAACAAAUGGGCAUCAACCUGUUUGAGACGAGCGCAAAAGAGAACAUAAAUGUUGAAGAGAUGUUCAACUGCAUCACAGAGCUGGUGCUCCGAGCCAAGAAGGAGGUGAUGGCCAAGCAGCAGCAGCAGCAACAGAACGACGUGGUCAAACUCACUCGGAACAGUAAACGGAAGAAAAAGUGCUGCUAGCAAAGUACACACGCCAUCGUUUCUUCAUGCUCGUAUACACACAGGAUGGGACUCCACGUCUAAAUUCAAGAGCAGAUAAAAGAUUUAAUAAAAAAAUAUACGCUAAAGAUUCCAACAAAACACGGGAAAAUAAUUGUCCCCUUUGGACAAAGUAAUCAUGAAGAAAUAUAUGUACAGAUUUUAUUCUUAAAAAACGUCCGAUCGAGUCUUGUUUUGGGCUGUAAAGUGAGGAUGUGCAUACUGACAAGUGACUGCCACCUAACUCAUCUUCUCAUUCUUCCUCCUCACUGCACGGGACAUUCAGCGCUGGAGGAGAAGGAGGAUUUCUUUUUCUACUUUGAUUUUCUUGGGGAAGGGCGGGGAGUUUGGAGGAAGAUUGUUGGGGGGGGGGGUCAGCAUCACCACAGCUCACGCCAAGAAAGCAUUCAAAAGUAGGGUUUUUUUUCAAAUGGUGGCAACACAAAAUGGUCGAUGACUUCAGCAACUCACUCGUUGAUUCUUCUUUUUUUUUUUUACAUUUCUCGCCUCUUAUUUUGCCAAGCGUCACACUUCUCGCCCCCUCUAACUUCCAGUCGUGCUGAGCCAACAACGUUUUUUUUUGUUUUUUUUAAAGUGGUAGCACAGUCUUAACAUACUUUCAAUUUGACCUUUUUAUUCUUAACUUUCAUACUGCCAAUGUGACCGACAUCAUACCAGUUCAGUGGUGCGCCUCAUUGUUGCCAUAGUGACCACUGGGUGGCCCCCCUGCACCCCCCACCAUUAGCCCCUCCUACUGGUCCUUCGUGGACCAGCACCAGGAAGCACUCUCUUUGCCAAGGUGACUGCCCACAGAUGCUAUCUGGGCAGGUAUGGUUUGACGGUGAUGUGUGACAUAACGCAUCACGCUCAGCUUGAAGAAUAUUCUUUAACAGACUAAAGUCGACGCUUGUUUGCCGCCACUUCUCCCUGCAUGUCACCUUUCCCAGUCAUUAAAGGGGCGAGGCUGCCGAGGCAUUUGGGAGAUGAACUGACUUCCAGGUUAUGUUCAGCAUUCUGUAAAGACCGCCAGAGCACACAAAAUGCUAUCAAAUCCCACAUGCUAUCAUUACUAUUCAUAGUGUGUGUGUGUGUGUAUAUA